ACACGCGGAAAUGAAGAAAAUUGUGACCUAAAGAUAGUCGGUGCUAUGACGUCACAGUGACUAGUGGAAAGAUGUGGUUUCGACAGUACAGGCAGUCUUUUUGGACGUUGGAAAGGAACUGUACAGCAUUGUACCGUUUGAAUACUUCUGAAAGUUUUACAGCAAAGAUAUGCAGUAACGUAAUGUUUAAUGUGCGCUCUCAGUAAUUCGUAGUGAGACGGCAUUAGUGUGUAAGAGCUGUGUCUAGGGAUAAACAGCGAUGCACAUGUUUAAAACAUCGCCUGUGCGCGGGAGCAUGGAUCAGUGAUCCACACAGUCAUAGCGAACGAUGCGAGACACACGAUCUAACAACACUUUGAACAGAUAAAUAAAACCAAAUGACAUCAGUAGAUGAAUUCGUGAAUUCGUCAGCAUGGCUAAUCAAGGUGUCGGGUGCAGCGCGCGGGCGCGAGCGGCAUGCGGCCCCUGCGGCAGACGCCCAUGGAGCUCGGCUAGCGGCGCGCGCGCAGCCCCCGCGCCCGCGCGCCCCGCCCCGCGCCGCCACCAUGGAACUCGCGGACGUGCCACGACACCGACCUCUCGCCUUCGAUAAGAUGGAAACUCUGAUAAAAGAAAUGCAAGAUCCGGAAACAGGUGUGCCAGUCAGAAGUCAGAAACUCUUCCUUAGCGUUAUCCCUUCUGCUUUCAUGGGUUACGAUCUUGUCGAAUGGCUGAUGGAUCGAUUCAAUCUCGACGAAACUAGCAACGUGGAAGCAAUAAACUUAGCCAAUCAACUCUGCCAAUAUGGUUACUUCUUUCCUGUAAACGAUUUGAAAAACCUCGUGUUAAAAGAUGACUCUUCUCUCUAUAGAUUCCAAAGUCCAUAUUACUGGCCGUGGCAGUCGCCCAGGGUUACGAGCGCCAGUGGUUCCUCCGCGCCGUCCCUUGGCCCGGAUAACGUGGAAUAUGCGAUCUACCUGGUCAAGAGGACGCUGCGGAACAAGCAGAGACAUGCUCUGGAGGACUACGAACAGGAGGCCCUCGCCAACCUCAAGAAAAACCUCGCCGGGAAGUGGGACUUCAUCACUAUGCAGGCUGAGGAACAGGUGCGACUAGCAAAAGAGCGCAAGAAGGGUGACAAGAUAGUGAGCGACAGUCAGGAGCGCGCGUAUUGGCGUGUUGCGCGGCCGCCACCUGGCGUGCCAAGCGCGUUGGAACCCUGCCCCGUACCCGUGCGCGCGCGCAACCCUCGCCCCAAGAAGCGCACCAUGCAGCAGCUCACGCGGGAGAUCGAACACCUAAAAGCGAGCCUGGACCGUACGCGAGUGAAGACUUCAAUUGCCCUAGAGGCCCUUUUGGCCUAUUCGGAGACCUUCGCUCCCUACGAUCCUUGGCUCACCCCGCCGCAGCCCUCCAACCCUUGGAUCAGCGAUGACACCCUCUUUUGGCAAAUCAACAGUCCCCUCGUGGAAGUGCCAAGUGAGAAGCGUGUUCAGCGCUGGGCACUAUCCAUCGAGGAGUUGGUGUCAGAUCCUACUGGGCUGCAGGAGUUCACCAGCUUCCUCCGCAAGGAGUACUCGCACGAGAACAUUCGUUUCUGGCUGGCUGUCAUGGAUCUGAGAAGGAGCAGCACCAAGCAAAUACCCACCAAGCUUGAAGAGAUUUAUGAAGAGUUUCUGAAACCUGGCGCCCCGUGUGAGAUCAACAUCGACGGAGCGACGGCAGAGAAGGUGGCCGAGGGUCUGCGCUCAGGGUCGCGGUACGCGCUCGACCACGCCGCUGACCACGUGUAUGGACUACUGCUCAAGAAGGACUGCUACCCGCGGUUCAUACGCUCCGACCACUUCCAGCGGUUGCUUACAGAGGGCAAGAAUGUGCAUCAGAAGAAGGCUAAAUUCUUCAACUUUGGCGGUGGCCAAGUGAAGAAGAAGCCGGGCGCUACGAGCGCAGCGGGCGCAGGCGCGAGCGCGGCGCUGACGCGGCGGCGCGGCUCCGACCGCUCGCUGUCGGGGUCGGCGCACGAGCUGGCCGUCUGCGCCGCGCAGCCGCCGCGCGCGCCCGAGCCGCCGCCACACUCGCACUCGCAGUCUAACCUCUGCGAUAUACCCUUCCGGGACCCGCUGGAGGACGGCGCAGACGACGCCCUGCCGUGGGAGAGUGCGUCCCGCGAGGGUGUGUACGGCGCGCGACGCCGGCAGGACUCGGCCGCGGACUCGGGCAGCUCGUCGUCGGACGUGAGCGGUGUAGUCGGCGCCGAGCGCACGCGGCGCCUCCCGCAGCAGAGCACGCUGGACGGCGGGCUGCGUGGCGCGCCGCCGCCGCUGCGCCGCCUGUCGGCUGUGGAGCCACGCCACCUGGCGCCGCUGGCCAGCCCGCCGCAUACGCCGCACACGCAGCACACGCCGCGCACGCAGCCCGCGCCGCCCGCGCCCGCGCCGCAGCCGCCGCCGCACCCGACGCCCACCAUCAGCGUCAGCUCGGCGCCCGACGAUGAGUCCCCGAGCGGGCCCGCGACGCCCGAGCGCCGCUCGCUCGCGCAUACGGACGAGCCGUCGUCGGUUUUCGCGUCGGCGGACGCCACGCCCACCGAGCCGGUGAAGCCGCUCAGUGAGCGCGCUGUGUCGCUCGACAGGACCGUGUCGUCUCCUAGUUGUGAUAGUAGAACUGACAUUUCUAAAGUAGAUGUGAGAGUGUGUAGCGAGGAGUCGGUCGCGGCGACGCCGCCGAGCGAACGCGAACCGCCGCGGACGCCGCCGCCGGCCGGGCGAGCCGACUCGAAAGAAACCGAUCGGACGACCACCGAAGGGGUCGUGCCGGCCCGAGGGACGCUAUCCCGAGAACCGUCAACGACGAGAGAACUCAGUCCGGCCUCAUGUAAAGAUAGUAGCAAAAUCGCCGAUCUUCCAGGGAGCGGUCGAGAGAGAGAAGAUGCGGCUCGGGUCGCCGCGGUGGCGGGAAGUCCGCAGAAGGUUGGCGUCGCCAGCGCGCUGCCGCCCGCGAGCGCGGCGCAGGCGCCGGUCCGCCCGGAGCAGCCAUCGACGAGCACGGGUCCGACUGAGAGCGCGCUUCCGCAGCCGGCGCCGACCGGGAGCUCGGAUCCGUUGCCACCAGCGUCGACAGGGAGCGCGAACCCGCAGCCGGUUUCGACCGGGAGCUCAGGUCCGCCGCCACCGACGCUGGCAGGGAGUGCGACCCCGCAGUCGGCGCCGACCGUGAGCGCGGUCCCGCCGCCCCCGGGCGCGGGCCGGCCGCCAGUGGCGCCGCUCGCUGUCGGCGAGGACAUCGGCGUGGAUGAUGACAACGUAGACAAAGUGCCUUCGGCGCCUGUGCAAAGGGUCUCGGGAGAUUCCAGGGCGGCGUCCGAGUCGGACGCGACGAAAAAAAUUGCUCACAAAGACGAACUGUCGUCGGUCUCUGAUUCCGAUAUUGUUAAGCGUGAUAAUAAGAGCGAGCUCGCAGAGCACAAGCAACGGAACGACAUAUGUCCCUGGGAGGACGAGAAUUCCUGUGAGAGUGAAGCUCCAUUUGUUAAAACUUAUGCAACGCUCGGUUACUUAUAAUUUACGUACUGUAGGCAAAUAUCAACAAUAUUUUACUAUGUCAGGGUUAUAUAGAUGAAUUAAAAUUUAAUUUUUUAAACUUAGAUUGACCUAUGUUUUAAUUAUCACAGAGUUAGGCCAUUAUUAUGUAAUUAUAUGAAUAUUUUAAAGUAAAUGAUCGUUAAUUAUUAGAAAAUGUAUUGUUUUAUUAUCAUUGUAUCCUAUUCCAUGAUAUGUUUGAAAUUGAAAGACGAAAAUGAGACAAUAUAUCAUUCUAUUCGCACAUAGAGUAUUACCUAACCCUCCACUACUCUGCGACAUUUAGUUUUAUUUUGAACUAGCCUUAUCCAGAUUUUAUCAUUUACCCUGCAUAAUGAUAUAGUUACUACAUCCAUGGUAUAAGAAGACCAGGUAUUGCUCAAUCCUAUGACAAGUCGCCGUUACUGGCCCAUUGAUAACGUAA